UUCCAUGAGAAACCUGAGAGUUUAACUAAAAUUUGAAAUUCCCUUAGGCCUUUCAGUACAGUAUUUUACAAUGUCACACGCUUUACACGUUUCAAAGGGCCUGCACCCCGCUAGCCCAUCACGUCUCGACASCCGUCGGGCCGGGCAGAGCAGAGUAGGCGGGGCUGGGCCGGGCAGAGCAGGCGGAGCCGCCCCGGCCACCGCCCCGGAACCGCCUUCGCGCCGGAARGGCGGGCGGCAGGAAGGAAGAAGGGCAGGGAGGAAGGGCUGGGUGAGGUGGGGCGGCGGUAUGGUGAGCACCAGGCGGGCCGCGGCGGCCCGGCGCCGGGAGCAGGGAGCCCGGGCAGGCGGCGGCAGCCCCGGCCAUGCUGUUGCCGAUCCCGAUCCCACCGCUGCGGCGGAGGUGGGGUCUGCUGAAGUUACUACUCCUGUGACUAGGAGGAUGACUASAAGAGCUAAAUCAGGUCGUAAGCCAGAGGUGAUUCAGGAAUGUCAGUUUGAAGAGCUGGGACAUGCAGAAAUGAAGUCAGAUGUCAGUGAUAGCUCAAAGAUGGAGAUUACUAGGAACGAGAAUACAACUGUUCACUCAGCACAAUCAGGUGCUGAACCACAAGUUGAUGGGGAUGUGUCAGAAACAGAAUCAAACUGCUCUUCUGUGUCUGGUCUCCAGACACCKUUGUUUGUAAGAAUAACACGAAGGCGACAAAUUGUAAUUCCUUAUCAACCGGAUUCUGCUGACAAAAAAAGACGCGACAAUACAGCUUUUGUAAAUAAGUUAAGUAGGAUUCUGGAUGAAGAUGAUGUCUCUGAAGCUGAAUCUUGUUCCUCUGCUGUUUCUGGUGUCCAGAUGCCUAAUGUUACUCCAAGUACAAGGAGCAGGCAAAGCAAAAAGAAAUUGCAGCCAAAUACAGUUUGGGAAACCCAUAGUGAAGAUACUUCUGAUACAGAAUCAUGUUCUCUAGGUUCUCAUGUGAAACCGUCUGUCAAUACCAAACGAAUUACUAGGAGCAUGCAAAUGAAAUCACAAGCAGAAAAGACUAAGCGGACUCAGGAAAAAAAUAGAUCUGUUUUAGAAGACGAGAGUUUAAUUGAGGACCCCAUUAAUUCUGAGCCCAAAACAAUUUGUGAUUCUAGACCUGCUGCAGAACUUGUCUCUGACACAGAAGAUGCGUCCACUCUCAUUAAGGCUAAUAAAGAACCCAGUUCAUCUAACAGCAAAUCUGCUAAUGCAGGCCAGAGUGAAGACACAAAAGAAGAGAUUUUAAAUUAUGUGACAGCCAGUCUUACAAAAAUGAAAGAAAGUGAUGCUAAAUCACCUGCGAAAAAACCAAUAAAAAUGACUCAGUCUGUUGAGACAGACCAUUCAGAAGCGAUAUGUAGACAAAUACAAGAUCAUAGUAAAAUACUAAUGAGGGAGGGGAAACUAGAGCAUGUGGCUGUUUCUUUGACUGACUGCAUGAGUCCCAAACAAUUUCUAGAAUCCCAAGGACAGGUAACACCAAAUGAAAAUAAAAAAAUUCCAGAAUGUGAAAGAGCAGAUAUUGAGGCAGAUGCACAGCAGUCUUCUAUGUGUGCUGAUAAAUUAAGGAACAGUAAGAAAGCUAGUACAGUGAGCAGCCCAUCAAAGGGCAUGKCUGUUGCACAGACGACUGAAAGCAUUGGUAAAAGCAGGAGGCUUGAAAUUGGUGCAGACAGUGGUGAAGACCAAACAAAAGAACAUGAGGUAUCCCAUAGCAGUGAAAGAUCAAACAGUGGUAAUGAUUCUGUUGCACUGUUUCUGAGCAGUAGUGAAAGUGAUGAAUCUGAAAAUAGCCGUGCAGUGGACAUAGAUACAGUUGAUGAGAAUCUGUGUUAUAAAAAGUCAGAUGGGAGAACUCCUUCCCUCAAAAAAUCUUUCAAAAAUGGUUCACUGCAUGUUGAGGGUCUUUUUGUAAUUGAUACUGAGCCUGGCAUGAGUUCCAGCCAAAAUUAUUAUCUGGAUGACGUAGAACAAGACAGUGAUGCUGAAAGUAAGCAYGAAGGAGGCGAAAAAGAUAAAGACUCGGAUUUGGAAGAGGCUGAAGAGGAAUUAAUAGAUGAAGAUGAACGAGAUGAAGAUGAUGAUCUGUUGAAAAAUAAGGUUGACAUUUUACRUCUUUCCAGUAGCAUAGACCCUGGUUUGAAUAUCAAAAAGCUUGGAGGUUUAUAUAUCAGUUUUGAUGCAAAAAAUCAGAAGCCUACUUCAACUGUAAUUAAACAACUGAAGGAGAAGAAGAAGAAGGACCAGCUCUUGCAGAAGAGUGUAAUUACUCCAGACUUUGAAAAAAAGGAAUGUGUCCCACCCUACAGGGAAUCGCUUCAUCAGCUAAAGAAACAGCGAAGGGCAGAGCGAGAGAAAACAACAGGUGAUGGCUGGUUUGGUAUGAAAGCCCCAGAAAUCACAAGUGAACUGAAAAAUGAUCUUAAAGUUUUGAAGAUGAGAGCUUCAUUGGACCCUAAACAUUUCUAUAAGAAGAAUGAUAGAGAUGGYCUGCCCAAGUACUUCCAGGUUGGAACUGUAGUUGAUUCUCCCAUAGACUUUUACCAUAGUCGAAUCCCUAAGAAACAGAGGAAGAGAACAAUUGUGGAAGAGCUGCUUGCAGAUUCAGAGUUCCGAAGAUAUAAUAAAAAGAAGUAUCAGGAGAUCAUGAGUGAAAAAGCAGCUUUUGCAGCAGGGAAGAGGAAUCGGAAGAAGAAGAAAUUUCACAAUUAAGAAUUGAAGAAAAAUACCAAGCUGGAACAACUUACUUGUUAUAAAACUUUCUUACAGAAUGCUUUGGUUGUGGUGUUUUGUUUGUGUUUUUUUAAGAUUGCAGGUCAUGUGCAAAUUGAGGUUUAGGGAAAUUCUUGAAAUUCUUGCCAUGAGAAUUUGGUAGGAAGCUUUAGCAAAUUAUAGGGUAUCUAAAUUUAAAUUAAUUUAGAGUUAAAAAUUACUUCUAGUUUAAUUAAUAUUCAUGUAAAAAGAUAAUUAUAUGAAAGCAUAUUGUUAAAUCUGAAUACAAAAUUGAGCUUCACAAGAAGCUUAAUUGAGGUCUUCUAAGGCUUCAGACUUAACAUCAAUUAAUUAGUAAAUUAAUUUUAAAGUUAUAUGUGUAAUUCACCUUGGCACACAUUGUGUGCCAGAAUAUAUUUUUCCAUAYCUUGUCAGAGGUGCUGCUGGCCGACACGGUAAUACAAAGUAUUGAAAAAUGGUUGGUUGUGAAGGACUUACUUCAACACUGACCAUAAUAGUAUAAUGUCUUGGAAUUCAGUGCCUACACAUAUACUUUUAUAUUUAUGUGUGUAUAUUUUACAAURCAGAAUAUAUAUUAUUUAGAAGAUACAAAUUACAUAUUAUUUAAUAAAUAAUGUAAGUAAUAUUUACAUGUAAAAUUUUAACAGUCAUAUGUUGGUUUUAUUAAUUUUUACCAUUUGUUUAUUGUCUAAUGAUGUUUUUGAAAAUAACUUAACAUUGGCAUUCAUUAUCUAGGGUGUAGUGUGCAGAUUGUGUCUGGUAGCUAACCUGGAAUCAUUCUGAAGAUGARCAAAUAGAGUGAGUCUGGAAGGCCUCUGCUACCAUUAUAGAGCCGGAGAUGUCACCGGCUCAGUUCCCCUUUAGUGACAGUUCAUAACCUUUUGUGAUUGCCAGAACUCCUGUGAUGGUUGGUUUUUAAUGAUCUGAUAAUUUUAUUGCUGUUACAAUUAGUGUAAAUUAGUUACUGUCCUGAGGUAGCAGAAAAGAUGGAUAAUAGAAGAAAUAAAAGUGACACUGCAUUGUCUUAGGUGAAUUGGCUGAUAAGGAUGUAGAAGUCAUUAUCAGAGUGGUGUUGAUUGUUUCCUUACCACAAGAACACUGAAUUUUMAAGGUUGCAGAUCUUAAGCAAAAAGCACUUAACUAUAUUCUUGACUAAUGUUUAACCAUCGAGUUUUCURCUGAGAAGUAGUUGUUUUUUUAAGRGUUAGUUAUUUGUGCUGAAAUGAGCAUCAUGGUAUAUAUUGACCACCAACUGAAGCUUGAAAAAAUUUUUCUUCGGUUCCUUUGGUGUUUUCUUUUAUCAUUUCAAAGUUGGCCAUAAUGUUUUCCUACCAGAAACAGACAGGAAUCUUGAGUCCUUAAAAAGCCUUCACUACCUGGAGAUGAAUGGUGUCAAAGUAAAGUGAAUUAAUUGGGAACUAUCAAACAAGUACAAGUAGAAGCACCUGUCCCCAGGUCUCAUUUAAUAUGCGCAGCUAUUCCAGUGCACUACAUGCAUGCUAAUAUCUCAAUUCCCCGUAAAUGAUAAAAGCCAAUAAAAACAACUAUGGUGCCUUGGUCUGUAGCUGAGACAUGGAAGCACAAAAAUAUUAAUACUGAACUGAGAAGAAAACAAGACACCACAGUAGUUGUCAUUCUGUUGCAUUGUGGACUAUUCAAGUGUGGAAAAGCAGUGACUCUGAAAGACUUAAAACAAGCAACAACGCAGCAAGCAACAACUCUGUGCCUGUUGCUCAGACUGCUCAGUAGCUACAGAAGUWACUUCACGUGCAGCAUAGCUAAUAAGGGAUUUGGUUUGUGUUCUGUAUCCUUUCCCUUCCYUUGAUUCUUUUAAUCCCUUCUGUUUUGUCCCACACUGCCCAGCGAGUGCCCUGGACAGUGUUCACAGGGCUGCAGGGUGGUACUUGCAGGUUGUGUUGGCUGGCUUUGUCCAGUCACCUUUGUCUGAGAUUGUGCUUCAGCCUCUCUUAGAUGAGGUACUGGACAGAGCACCUUUCCUUAACCACCAGUUUUCAUAAAAGCACAGACAGAUGGACUUUGAAAUUGCCAUAAAGUUUAAGGUGCUGGAGAGAGGAAAACCCAAAUGUGCUAUGGAUUGCCUAGGCUUACUCUGAAAACACAUAAAAACUUCGGUGGAGCUUUGCCUAUCAAUUGCAAACAGUAUUUUCCUUUAGUGGCUGUCAGAAAUACUAGUGUUAAUCUGUAAUUCUGCCUUUACUGAGUUAAACCAUUACUAACCAGAAAUCUCCCUGAGAUUAAAGGGCAAUAAGCAGUGUGUUGAUUUUUGUACAAAUGCACCUAUUGUUUGGGAUGUCAUUGGAAUAUUUUAUACAGCCAGCAUUAAUUCAUUYGUCCAGUUUUUUUAUGCUCUCCUUGGUUUUACCAAUAUUUAUUUUUCUUUUUUGCCUUGGGGCAGAUACUAUGCAAUGGCURCAUAGCCCAAGUAGUUUACAGUCCAUCUCCUUCCUCAGUGUUAAAACCAAAGACUGACGAUAGGGACCAGGGUGACGGUGACUGGGGUGUUGCUCGUGUGGUGUUACUAGUAGCAAUGRGUUAUGAACAGAACUUAGGAACUUCUUGGGUUCUUUCCAUCAUGCUCUUACUGUACAUACUUGCUCUUUUUUCCUUCUUYGGCAGUCUGUAACCUCUCUGCAAUCGGUUUAGUUUCCUUAAAACUGAAGGUGUCUUCUUAUCAUUGCUGUUUUCCAUAUGAUAAAACUUCGAUCUAACUUUUCGGAAGUCCUGCCUUUAUCACAGGAGUCUGUCUGGCUUAGUGUUGUUGAGACUUGGAAUCCUGCCAUAGCACAAGUUGGAAGGGACUUGAGAGCUUGUCCCACCUGGUCUUCUGCUCAAAAUAAAGUCAGACCAGGUUGCUCAGGUCUUUCCACAGUCAGGUCUUGAAAAUUUUCAAGAAUGGAGACUGCUCAUCUUCAGAGCACCAGUGCUUGACUUCAUGCAAAAAAAAAUUCUUCAUAUCCAGUCAGAUAGAAGGAUUAUUAUUGAUUGGUGGAUUGCCUCUUGCCCUUCUCAACACUUUUUUUUUUUUUUAAAUUACUCCAUAAAUUUGUAACAAGCAGCAUCUGUCCAAUUUAUAGUAUUUGCUAUAGUCCUUAUCUUUUUUUGUCCUAAUUUUCUUAUGUACCUGUGCUUUUCCAUUUGAAUUCACAUUAGAAUCUGUUAUACUGCUGGUCUCAGUAGAGCUAUCUAUCCCUCUGCUUCCAGGAAAUGCCCAGCUCCUUGAACCAGCAAGUUUUUUUUCU